UUAUAAUAAAAUAAUAAUCGAUUUAAAUAAAUAUUCAAUUAUUUUUUAACAUCCCUAUCUGUUGUUGAAUUCUAAUUUCUAACGUUAAUCUCGUUAGAGUAAAACCCAAAGAAUAGUAAAAUCUGCAAAAGUGUUCUGUGAUUAUUCUUCCUUGGGUUGAGUGUUGAUAAUUGUUGUUCCGUAUUGUAUUUCGUGAUAAAUUGGCCACCCCGUUUACCGUAAAAAUUAUUGAGUAUGUUCGUGUGACCAAGUAGACCGUAGUUAUUUUGCAAUUUACUGGUACCUAUUUAAAAAUUUAAAUGAUAUGGGGCGUAAUUGGAUAUCAAAGGAUUUUUACUCACCAUAGAUUGGUUUCCAAAAAAAUAUUUAGAUUUGUAUUAAAGAUGCCUUUUUAUGCUGUAGCAAAGGGUCGAAUAUCGGGGAUAUUUAUGAAUUGGGGUGAUUGUGAAGCUCAAGUGAAGGGAUAUUCUGGAGCGCGGUUUAAAAAAUUCAACACCACUCUCGAAGCACAAGAAUUCAUUUCGGCAUUUAGUGACAGUGGAGUAUUAACACAAUCUAAACAAAAACCGAAUAGUGCCAGCUUAACCAGUUUAUCAAGGGAAGACCUUAAACGACCUUGUUCAACAUCUACACAAAACACAAACGAAAUUGCAGUUCCAAAGAAGAAAGUUAAGUCUAAACAGAAUUCAUCCUCAAGUGAUGAUGAAAUAUUUGAUCUGGCCACUAUUAUUGAAAACAAAUUGAAUGAUAUUGAAAAACGGCUAAAAGAGCCUAUUAAAGGUGUUGAUAAAGUAAAAACAAUCCAAAAGGCUCCUAGAAGAACAGUAUUAAUAGAACCUUUAGGGCAGGGAAAGCCUGUCGGUGGAGAGAAUGAUUUUGAGACUGAUAGUGAUGGUUUUGUUCAAGUUUAUACUGAUGGAGCAUGUUCUUCGAAUGGAUGUGAAGGAGCUCGUGCAGGGCUGGGAGUGUAUUGGGGUAAUGGACACAGGUUGAAUGUCAGUGAGCCAGUAUCCGGCCGAGCUACAAACAAUUGUGGUGAGAUACAGGCUGCAACUAAAGCUAUCAGACAAGCCUUGGAUAAUGGAGUCCAGAAAUUAACAAUUAACACUGAUUCACAAUUUCUUAUUUCCUCAGUGACUAAAUGGAUGCCAGGUUGGAAAAGAAAAGGAUGGAAACUUAAGUCAGGGGAGCCUGUGAAGAAUGAGAUAGAUUUUAAAGAACUAGACAGUAUUCAAAAUAAACUAGAAAUUAAGUGGAAUUAUGUGAAAGCCCACCAAGGAGUACAUGGCAAUGAAAUAGCUGAUCAACUAGCCAAAGCAGAGCUUGAUUACCUGCUGCUAUAUAGUUUCGACACUGAACUAUUUAUUGAUGAAGUGGAGAAGAGACCUGCAAUAUGGGAUAUUCAGUGUAAGGAUUACUCAAAUAAAAUUAUCAAGAACCAAGCUUGACAAGAGUUAGUGGAGAUAUUUGGAAAUUGUGAAGACACGUUUGAAAAAAAGAAUAUUUUAAGUACACAACUCCAAAAAAAAAUGGAAAAACAUACGAGACUGCUACAAUAAAGAACACAAAAAAGAAAAAACAACUCCUUCUGGUUCAGGUGCUAGUAAAAAAGCCCAAUAUAUGUGUUUUUCAAGACUUGCUUUUCUGCAGAAUAGUGUAAGUAAUAAAGACACUACAACUAAUAUGGAAGAAUAAAAUGAAAGGUAAAGUGAGGAGACAAGUCAACUAAACGCCAGUGCAACCGAAGCCACUGAAAACGUCCCCCUAAACGUAAGAAAACACAAAUGCCAGAUGAAAAACUAGCUGUUUUAAUAGAAAAAAGAAGAAAGGAAAAAGAGUCAAGACUAAAUUUUCAGACUGAACUACUAGAAAAUAGUAUUACCAAACAAGAUGAAGAUAAACUCUUUUCUUUGUCGUUAUAUAAAGAACUCAAAAAAAUACCAGGAAAUAGGCGUUUAGCGACUUAUAUCGAAUUACUUCCAGUAAUACAAAAAGAACAAAUCUUACUGCCCCUGUUCGCUACAGUACUCAGCGGAUCACACCUUCAUAUUGGCAAGGACAACAGUAUACAACCUCGCAAGGAUAUUUUACUACAUCUGGAUCAUCUCCUGUUAUUCCGGCCGCGUCACCAUCGCAAAUUAGUUCUGGCUCUCAGUCAUCUACUGUUAUAGAAAAUAUAUAUGCCGAUUUUGAAGAACAAUAAAUAAAUCUUACCUUAAAGUUA